CCGCUCGGCGCGGGCCGGGGCUGCGGGGCGGCCCCGGACACGGGCACGGACACGGCGCGGGGCGGGCCGGGGCGGAGCGCGGCGGCACCGACCGAAACCGCUGGGCUCGGCACGGCAGGAUACGGCACUGCACGGCUCGGCACGGCACAGCUCGGCUCGGCACGGUACGGCACGGCCCUGCGGAACUCGAGCCCCACUGCCAUGGGAGGCUGUGGCUCGUGGGCAUGGCCAGAGCUGCUGGUGCUGCUGGGCAGCGCCUGGCUGUGCGUGGGCAGUGCCCAGCCCACCCCCCCGGGCCCCACACACGCCCCCCAGCCCCAGCUGAGGUUCCGCCUGGCCGGAUACCCCCGCAAGCACAACGAGGGACGAGUGGAGGUUUUCUACAACGACGAGUGGGGCACCAUCUGCGACGACGACUUCACGCUGGGCAACGCCCACGUGCUGUGCCGGCACCUCGGCUUCGUGGCUGCCACCGGCUGGGCCCACAGCGCCAAGUACGGCAAGGGAGUCGGGCGGAUCUGGCUGGACAAUGUGAACUGUGCUGGAAAUGAGAGGAGCAUUGGGGACUGCAAACACCGGGGCUGGGGGAACAGUGACUGCAGCCACGAGGAGGACGCAGGUGUUGUCUGCAAGGACGAACGCAUUCCAGGCUUCAAGGACUCCAAUGUCAUCGAGAGCGAGCAGAGCCACGUGGAGGAGGUGCGGCUGCGGGCGGUGGUGGCCGGGGGGCGGCGGCAGCUGCCGGUGACAGAGGGCAUCGUGGAGGUGCGCUACAAGGACAGCUGGGCACAGAUCUGCGACCAGGGCUGGCACAGCCACAACAGCCGCGUCGUCUGCGGCAUGAUGGGCUUCCCAGCAGAGAAGAAAGUCAACAGGAACUUCUACAAGCUGGCCUCCAAAUCUCAGCCUAAACAAAAGCGCAGGGAGGACGUAGGGCUCAAGAAGAGGCUCUUCACGGAGCGGCAGCAGCUCAACUACCGCCUGCACUCGGUGUCCUGCACGGGGACAGAGGUGCACCUGUCCACGUGCUCCUUCGAGUUCUACCGGGGCAACUCCUCGGCAGCCUGCGGGGCCGGCAUGCCCGCCGUGGUCAGCUGCGUGCCCGGGCCCCUCUUCGCCAAUGCCCACAAGAAGAAACAGCGCCAGCAGCAGCAGCAGCAGGGCCAGCCCCGGAUCCGGCUGAAGGGCGGUGCCAGGGUCGGCGAGGGCCGUGUUGAGGUGCUCAGGAGCAGCGAGUGGGGCACCAUCUGCGACGACCGCUGGAACCUGCAGUCGGCCAGCGUGGUGUGCCGCGAGCUGGGCUUCGGCAGCGCCAAGGAGGCGCUCACCGGGGCACGCAUGGGGCAAGGGACAGGCCCCAUCCACCUGAACGAGGUGCAGUGCCGUGGCACUGAGAAGUCCCUGUGGAACUGCCCCUUCAGGAACAUCACACAGGAGGACUGCAAGCACUCGGAGGACGCAGCUGUUCGCUGCAACAUCCCCUACAUGGGCUACGAGAACCUGAUUCGGCUGAGCGGGGGCCGGAGCCGCUUCGAGGGGCGGGUCGAGGUGGCGGUGGGGGCUGGCGACGGGGAGCAGCCCCGCUGGGGCCUGGUGUGCGGCGAAGGCUGGGGCACGCUCGAGGCCAUGGUGGCCUGUCGCCAGCUGGGUCUGGGAUUCGCUAACCACGGCUUACAAGAGACGUGGUACUGGGACGCCAGCAACGUGACAGAGAUGGUCAUGAGCGGGGUGAAGUGUGCCGGCCACGAGAUGUCCCUGAGCCACUGCCAGCACCACGGUGCCAGCCUGAGCUGCAGGAACACGGGCACGCGCUUCGCUGCGGGCGUCAUCUGCUCCGAGACUGCCUCUGACCUGCUGCUGCACGCGCCGCUGGUGCAGGAGACGGCGUACAUCGAGGAUCGGCCGCUGCACAUGCUGUACUGCGCCGCCGAGGAGAACUGCCUGGCCAGCUCGGCCCGCCUGGCCAACUGGCCCUACGGCCACCGCCGCCUGCUCCGCUUCUCCUCCCAGAUCCACAACCGCGGCCGCGCCGACUUCCGCCCCAAGGCCGGCCGCCACUCCUGGGUCUGGCACGAGUGCCACCGGCACUACCACAGCAUGGACAUCUUCACCCACUACGACAUCCUGACCCCCAAUGGCACCAAGGUGGCCGAGGGACACAAGGCCAGCUUCUGCCUGGAGGACACUGAGUGCGAGGAAGACGUGGCCAAGAGGUACGAGUGUGCCAACUUUGGGGAGCAGGGCAUCACCGUGGGCUGCUGGGACCUGUACCGGCACGACAUCGACUGCCAGUGGAUUGAUAUCACUGAUGUCAAGCCAGGCAACUACAUCCUGCAGGUCGUGAUCAACCCCAACUUCGAGGUGGCAGAAAGUGACUUCACCAACAAUGCCAUGAAAUGCAACUGCAAGUACGACGGGCACCGCAUCUGGGUGCACAGCUGCCACAUCGGAGAUGCGCUCAGCGAGGAGGCCAACAAACGGUUUGAGCAGUACCCAGGUCAGCUCAACAACCAGAUUUCAUAGGGCCCCGGGCCUGGGGAGACAGGCAUCUCCCUCCCUCACCCCUUAUGGGUGGGAGGAAGCUGCUGGGAGACCGGCAGGGAGGCCUGAUGCCCAGUGCUGCUGCCACUGUGUCCUGCCGGGGACUGCCCAGGACUCACCACCGGCUGCCCUUCCCCACCUCGGGGGGGGCUGGUGCUGGAGGCACCUGCACCUCCCAGCCUGGGGCUGCCACCCCAACCACUGGCCAGAAGAUGGUGGCCACAUCCCCUGGGCUGUGGCAAACGGGUAUGGUCCGGGAGGUCCUGCACCCCCCACCGCUCCAUCUCUCCCACCCCACUCCCCCCUUCAGCCCUGGUUCCCUCACCCCACAGCUCACCCACCACCACACAGGGCCCCAGGAGCCCCUGGUCCCCCAGGGAUGGUGCAGGUGUCUCUGCCCACAGUGCUGCCCAGGGGUGGCUCCUACCCCAUCUCUCAGUUGUAAUUUUAUUUCCUCUAUAAAGUUGUAAGUUGUA